AUGGGGACGCAGAUGAAUGACAGAAGAGCAGAGCCAAAGGAUACAGUCUACAAGAAGGAUAAUUCACUACUGAAGCAAGUGCCAUCCUUAUCUCAGAUUCAGAUAACAGAUGAGGAAAAUACACCAGAAAAUGACACUGCAUGUAAAAAAAGAGACAGCCUCAUGAAUUUGCUUCAAAAGCUUGGUCUGACUGACUCUUACCCCAAAAAGAUGUCACAAGCAAAUGUUCUUCUCAUUGACACUUUAUCGCUAAGUGUAAAUCAACCCAGUUCAGAGAAAGAGCUGAUCUCCCACUACCUCUACAAGCUCACGAUGUUGGACUACAGAGCCAGGUACAUGUUUAUAAAGCAUGACACAAGUAGCAUGGAUUUAGAGGAUGCUGGAGCCACUGUUGACAAUGAUGAUUUUUUUGAUUUUAGUGACAACAUUCUCCUGGAUGUGAGCUGCACAGAGGCACAGAUUCAUCCAAUGGAUGUUCACAUGGCAGUUUUCCAUUGUGCCAAUGACUUCUUGCGACAGUACAUUGUCAAAAAGCUCUCUACUUGCCAAUUUGCAAUUCCCUUCCUAGUACCUGACCCCUGUACGGAGGAGGUUGAAUUCCCCUUCUGGGUCCUGCAAUACAUCAGUAAAUCAUGGCAAAGUAACACAAAUUCUAUAGCUGACAGUCCUGGAAAGUACAAGAGCAGAAAAAUGUCCUGCACACCAGUCCCAGUUGUUUCCUUUAUUAGACUAGGUGAGUCCAAUUCAAACUCCAAGUCCCAAAUAAUGAAUGGUGUCAUUAGCAAACAGAAGCACAGUGUAUUUUUUCACCGCCAUUGCAAGGGAAGCACCAAAGACAGCUUGCUCAUGAAUGGAGUUGUGGAGAUUGCAUGGUACUGUCCAGGAGGGAAGGAAGAUGACAUAUUCGAUGACUGUGUGGCCUUUCUGAACCUUCAUGGUGAUGCAGCAAAGCAUCAAAAACAGCUUGAGUUUCUUCAGGCAGUAAGUACUGUCAAUGUGCUUCUACUUUCAGAGCAUCCUUUGGAUGAAGCCGAAAAAGCGAUUUCCCAGAAACUCUCUAUGUCUCCAGUCCCCUUGAUAUGCAUGUUCUCAGGCAAAGAACUCAUUCAGCGGUCAAACAAUCCUACUAAAGUUAGGCUAGCUGCAAAGAACAGGAAUCAUGCUGAAUUUACAGAAGAACUGAUUUUAAGUAUCAGACAGUGCAUUGGUGAAAAUAAACAGACAACAAACAUUGACAUGUGCCGUCAAGUUGCAAUUCAACAACAGUUCAAAGUGAAUGAAGUUCACAAAACAUAUCAAGAAGGUUAUGAACAGGCUCAGACAUUAAUUAGUCUUUUGAAGGAGGAAAGCUCUUCGGCUCUGAAGGAGAAGGUUUUGCCCCUUCAGGGUGAAUUGUGGCAUGAAUGGUGUAGAAAAAACAAAGAGCAGUAUCGCUUGCAGUGCAAAGAAAAGGAAAGCAUUGAACAGCAGCUGAGUGAAAUCUCAACUAAAAUGGAAGCAAUCAGAGAGAGUCAGCUAUUUAAGGCCACACCUCUUAAUGACUUUGUAAGAUCAUUCAUAGAGUGCUUAAGUAAACCUAAUAGUUCCCAAGACACAAAACUCUACACAUUGCAGUGGCUCACAAUCUUCCUGGAUGAUCUUACCACUGAUGUACUUGCAGAGCUUGAAGUGGACUAUCAGUCAACCUGGAGAAAAAUGAGAGAAGUACCAAAGGACAAGGAAAAAACAUCUCAUGUCAAUAAAAUGCAAACAAAACUCAACAACAUAUCUGACAAAAUGACUGCAACAACCAUUAGCCUCCAGCAUCUUAUGAGAGAGGUUGGUCAACUGUAUGAAGCCAGUCAAACAACACCAAAAGCACCAGGACCAACAAAACAAUUCUCCACUAUACUGCCUAAAAUUGGGGCAGAUAUGCUGGUUUAUGGGUGUCCACUUGAACUAAUGGAUGGAGAUGCUGCCCAUGUGCCUUUAACAUGGAUUGAAGCUGUUAUGGAUGAACUUGUUAACAUUCUUGGAGACAGAAAGUUAUUUGUUCUGUCCAUUCUAGGGCUUCAAAGCUCUGGGAAAUCUACACUGCUGAACACCAUGUUUGGUGUUCAGUUUUCUGUGAGCGUAGGAAGGUGCACCCGUGGAGCCUUCAUGCAGCUCAUACCGGUAGACUCCAGCAUCAGAAAUAAACUGGGAUAUGACUUUAUCCUCAUUGUGGACACAGAGGGACUCCGAUCACCAGAACUCAGUACAAAGACAUCAGUGAACCACGACAAUGAGCUUGCCACUUUCAUCAUUGGAAUUGGUGACAUAACUGUAAUAAACAUUAUGGGGGAAAACCCAGCAGAGAUGCAAGACAUCCUUCAGAUUUGUGUACAGGCUUUUUUGCGAAUGAAACAGGUCAAAAUUGCACCGAGUUGCAUUUUUGUACAUCAGAAUGUUGCCGAUGCAUCGGCUGGAGAAAAGGCUAUGGAAGGGAGAAGAUGUCUCCUGCAGAAACUUGAUAAAAUGGCUACCAUAGCAGGAAAGGAAGAGAACGUUGAUGGCAUUAAUGAAUUCAGUGAUGUAAUACAGUUUGACAUUGAAUCCCAUGUGUUCUACUUCAAGAAUCUUCUGGAGGGGGAUCCUCCCAUGGCCCCACCAAACCCUUCCUACAGCCAGAAUGUGCAAGAGCUGAAGACCAAGCUGCUAACAAUUGCAGAGUGGAAAACAAAGCAUAAAUUUUCCUCAUUUUCAGAAUUCAAAUUACGGGUUUGUGACCUUUGGAAAGCACUUUUACAAGAGAACUUUGUUUUCAGUUUUAGAAACACAGUUGAAAUGAUGGUGUACACUUCUCUAGAAGAAAAGUAUGCAGCAUGGUCAUGGGAGCUGAGAAAACAUGCUCUGGAGAUGCAAAGCAAACUUCAUAACCAAAUUGGCAGCAGCAUAAUGGCAGAGGUAAAUGUUUCAGAUCUGACUGAGAAUUUUGACAAAGUCUACAAUCAACUGCAAAAUGAGAUGGAUAAGUAUUUUAAAGAAGACAGAAAUAAAGAAAUUCUAAUAAAGUGGAGCGUGAGCACUGACAAACGUUUCUGGAGCCUAAGAACUGAGCUCAUUGAUGGGACAGUAAAGAAAUGCAAAGAACUAAUUACCAACAAGAAUAAUAGAUCAGAACUAGACCAGAGGAAAACGGAAUACACUGCUGAGUUGACCAAGCAGAGCAAAGCCCUGGCAUCCAAUCUAAAAGCACAGCGCAUUGAUGACAAACAAGUAACAAAAGAAUUUGACAAACUCUGGGGAAACUGGACAGCUAAAGUGGCCAAAGCACACACCCCCAAUGAGUGUGUGAAUGUAAAGGCUGUAGUGGAGGCAAUCCUCCAAAAAGACUUUGAAAAACAGCCAAAUGUCAUUCAGAAAAUACAAGGUGGAACAGGAAAUUUUGAGUUUGACAAGGAAAAACAUGUUUCUCAAAGUUUCUUUCAGUGGAUGAGAUCACUGGGAAGGGAUUUCUCUCAACAAGUUGAACAACUUCAACAAGAAGUGACUCAUUCUGUCGAAACAUAUGUCACUGCAAAAGAAACCAGCAAGGAGGAUUUUGAUCUUAGCUUCAUUCAUGAGAUACUAAAAAAAAUUGACACAAUCAUUGCUGAAUUUGAGAGUUCCACAGGCAAGCUUAAGUUCACAAAUGAAUUCAAGGCAGAUAUAUCUAUUAAUCUUUGCCUGAAAUAUGUUUCAAGGUUUCAGAGGAUGCAGGAAACCUUUAAGACAUCAAACCAUCCACUGACAUAUCUGGAAAGCCAAAGAGACAACUAUCUCCAAGCAUUCAGAAACUAUUGCAAAGGAACAAAUUCUGUAACAGUAUUUGUUGAUUUUCUCUGUAAACACAUCAAGCCAGAAUUUCUGACUGCAGUGAAUGAGAAAACCAGUCGGCACAUUGCAGAUGAAUUGAAAUCCAACAACCCAGCUUUUAACAGCAAUAGGUCAAACCUUGAGAGUCACAUACUGAAACAUCUGGCUACUGUGGAGGAUUUCAGCUCAUUUGCUGAAUACAUUGACUUCCCAAAGAGAUACUUUGAAAGAUUUAUCCAAGAAAAGAUAAAUAACUUUUGCAGUAAUACUAGAAAACUGCAUGAGAUGCAUGAAAAAAAUCUUGGAACCCUCAAAAAUCAGAUUUUAUCAGCAAGCACAGGAGCAACUAGAGAAGUGGAAGAUAAGAAAGGAAAUGCAUCCAUGUGGCUUGACUGCUUCUGUGACACAUUGGGGGAGCACAUGGUAAUAAACAGAAAUGAUUUGCAUACCAUUGAAAAUGAAGACAUUGAAGACUGGACGUUUUUCAAAGAUGUGAUGGCCAAGUCUCUCGAUGAAAUUCUGAAGGAUGAAAAAGCAAUUGACAUGGAAACUUUGAGAAAGAAACCAACUGAAUACCUCUUCAACCAGCUGCAGGGGUGCUGGGCACAGUGUCCUUUCUGCAAAGCCAUCUGCACAAACACCAUCACCAACCAUGAUGGAGAACACAGUGUAACGUUCCAUCGUUGUGAUGCACUUGCUGGCUGGCACCCCAGGGGCACAGAUCAUUUUUCAAUCAAUUUCUGUACCACAGCAGUCAGCAGUGAUGACAGAUUCUUUCCUCGUUGUAAUGAGAAUGAGAGUAUCCCCUACAAGACAUACAGAAAUGGUGGAGACCCUUACAAUAAAUGGAACAUUACUCCAGAUGGCAGUGUGCAGCGCUACUGGAAAUGGUUCAUCUGUCCACACCAAGGUGGCUCAGAUGAGGAAGGGGAGCUAGUGGGGCUAAGAGAACAAGGGCAAAUUAGGCAGAAAUCAGACCGGAUCUCCAAAAAAUCAAGUGGGGGUUUCUUUCCCAAGUGA